CUUACCUGCUGCAGCACUGAAUUUGCUUGCUUUCAAUUAGAGGGCUUUUAACCCAUCUACUCCCUUUCCUUUACUCUUGCCUAUAGUUUCAUUCUUGAUUUAUUUAUUUGCUCACGUCAGAGCUUCAGUUUUCUGUUAAUGGCUUCCACUUCGACAUCUGGUCGAGAAAAGCAGGAACGCGAUCCGUUUUUGGCACUUGAACCUUCCCACGGAGGGAUAAAAUCCUCUUUGACUGCAAAACAGUUUUAUGUAUUCAUCAACCAUCGAGGCCCAGAUGUCAAAAAGACUCUGGCUCAGCAGCUUUACGAUUCUCUAAAGGAAGCUGGGAUCCCGGCAUAUCUAGAUUCUGAAGAGACUGAACUGGGAGAUUCAAUUUCCUCCACCAUAAAGAACGCCAUAUACUCUGCCAGAGUGCACAUCGCCAUCUUGUCACCGCGAUAUGCAGAGUCUCCCUGGUGCUUAGCUGAGCUAGCCUUGAUGUUUCAAACCAAGGCUAGAAUUAUUCCCCUGUUUUACCAGGUUGACCCUUCAGACUUCCGCCAUAUAAAAGGAAGAGUUGCAGAUGCAUUUUCCAAACACGAAGAGAAGAACAGAUAUCCUAAAGAUGACAUUGAACAGUGGAAAGUAUGCCUCAAGAAAGUUUCAGAGAUCAAGGGCUACGAAUUCAAGGGACAGAAUAAAUCGUUAUGGAAUUCAAUUUUGGAGUACAUUAUGAAGUUGCUGUCUGAUUACAUAGGAAUACGGCUUUCAUCCACUGGGAGCGAUCAGAAAGAGUUGUGUAAUGGCGUGGUGUCUGCUGUGAUGAACGAGAAGCAAAAGAGGAUAAUUCCUUUCCAAGUUGCAAAAUAUGAGGUUGGACUUGAUAAGUUUGUGAAUGAUUUCCACAGCCAUUGCCGGAGUAAUGGGCAGAUGAUAGAUAAAAUAAUUGGCAUCUAUGGAAUGGGAGGGUCUGGCAAGACCACUCUCGCCAAAUAUUUGUUCAAUCAAAAACAUUCAGAAUUUAGUGGAUCAACUUUUCUCUUUGAUGUACGGGAACGACAAGUCAAAGGUGAGUUGACUUCUCUGCAAAGUAGGCUUCUCAAAGAUCUUCUUCACCUGGAAGGAAACACCGUUUCUAGCAUAGAAGAUGGGAUCGCCGUUAUCAAGGAUAAUCUUGAGAGGAGCCGUGAAUCAAGGUUCCUUAUAGUUAUAGAUGACGUUGAUAAUCAGCAGCAGUUAGAUGCACUUUUACCCACAGAUGCUCUCAAUCCCAAUAGUUUGGUGAUUGUCACAACCCGUGACGAGGGUGUUCUUAUACAGGCCAGAGUCAUAGUUCGUUAUAAGAUGAAAGAAAUGAAUCGACAGCAUAGCAGAGAGCUCUUCUGCUGGCAUGCAUUUCACAGACAAUCUUGUCGAAGUGGAUAUGAUAAUUUGGUAGACAGCUUUGUCAAUUUGUGUAAAGGUUCACCUCUUGCUCUUAAAGUAAUGGCCGCGCAUGUUUUUGGCCGUGACAAGGCUUAUUGGAAGUUACAGUUAGAUGUUGUUAAGGCAAGGCUACACAAAGACAUAAGAGAUACUCUUAAAAUAAGCUAUGAUGCUCUGGAAGAGGAUGAAAAGCAGAUCUUUAUGGAUAUAGCGUGCUUUUUCAUAGGGAAAGAUGUGAGCAUGGCAAUAAGUAUAUGGAAGGCUUCAAGGUGGAGAGCCGAACAUGCACUUCAGACCCUCAAGGACAAGUCCCUUGUUGAAACAGAAUCUGAAGUUUCUUUGGGAACGAAUUGGUAUGAGCCACCAUCUUAUUUCAGAAUGCAUGAUCAUCUCCGCGACUUGGGGAGAGAACUGGCAGAUAAUGAAAUGAACCAUCCUCGUCGACUGUGGCGUCCUGAAGAUCUUAUUGAUAUAAGUGAAAUCAAGGGAUUCCAGAACAUCCUCAUGCGGUCCGAAGGAAAUUGUUUCAGAUGUUACAGUUGUAUUCAGGACAAAGAAAGUGGUCUUUAUAUGACAUGUUUUCUGGAGAGUUCAAGGGCAUCAACUGAUUUACGAUGGUUUGAACUUAAUGGUAGGAUUCCUGAAUGGAUUCCUUUACAAAAUUUGCACACUUUAAAGGUUGAAGGAGAAUCACCUUCGAGGUUGUGGCAAAGGGAUGACCAGGUUUUGCGCAAGCUCAAAGAGCUAUAUUGCGUUUUAAGGGCUGCUCGUACAAAUUUCAUUCAGCUAAACAAACUGGUGAGCUCGUUUGGAAUGUUAAAAAAUCUAGAAAGGCUGCAGCUAGAAUUUGAAAAUGGCAUCUUCAAAAGGAAUAUUGAAUGGAAUUGCUUGCUAAAAUCUGUGAGAGAACUCACCAAUCUGAAAACCUUAGAGUUGAUGCACUUUCAACUAGAAGGGGAUUUUGCUUUAAGCAACAGCGGAGAGGCAACUAAUGAUCCGUUUUGUAUGGGAAGCCUUGAAGCCAUAACUCUGUGUGGUGCAUUCAAAACAAGGAGGGUCUCAAUUGAUGGACAGUCGUGUCCCAUCCUUAAAACUCUUAAGCUUUAUUCUAUGAAAGAUCUAAUUGAAGUGGAUGUAACAGGGGUACGCAGAUUGGAAUGUCUGAUGCUGUUCGAAUGUAGAGAGAUGAGAAAAGUAUUGGUCAAUGAUCUGCCAUAUCUUGAAAUGUUUCAAAUGAAAUUCUGCAGGACUAUGACAGAGUUGCCAAAUUUUGUGCGUGUCAGUUAUCUCAAGAGGAUUUGUAUUAGCCGCUGUCGGAACCUGCGGGAUAUAUCAGCUAUUGAAAGAUUGAAGUUGUUGAAGAGGAUCUGGAUCGCGGAUUGUCCAGAGCUGGAGAGUAUAAAAGCUAUUGAACCAUUGAAGAGAUUGAAGAGAAUCUUCAUUAAUGAAUGUAAAGAGCUGCAGGGUGCAAUUUGUCUUGAAGAAUUGAAGGCGUUGAAGAGUGUCUUCAUUGGGAAUUGUCCAAGGCUGCAGAACAUAUAUGGCAUGAAAAUUUUAAAAUGCCUGGAGAGCAUUGUCAUUACUGGAUGUCCGCAGCUGCAGAAUAUAGAGGGUGUUGAAGAAUUGAAAGGACUGAAGGAGAUGAUUAUUGCAGAUGCUCCUAUAAUAAGUUGCGUUGAAACGUUGCAGAGAUUGCCGGGGGAGGUUACGAUUAUAGUGGGGAUAUCGGCCACGGUAGAUUUCAUCGCCAAAGAAGAUGGCUUCAUAUGGGCAUUGUCAGAUAAAAUUUGGGAUGGUUUCUGUGAAAUAAAUUUGGUGGGAAAUAGUAGGGAAAAAGUAGAGGAGAUGAUUCAUUCCUUUCAUAAUACCCAACAUUUGGCCAGUACAUUCAUCUUUUGCAGUACGUUGGAUUAUGAUGUGCCUCCUAUCAUACCGAGAGACUUUUGUAAUUGGAGCAGGACUCAGUUAAAUGUGCGUCUUAGCUCUCAUGGUUUUUGCGACAGAAGAGAGAGGAUGAUAUAUAUGUGUGCGGUUAGCGAAGAAAGGUUCUCAAACUACGACUCCUGGUUGCCAUCAGUGAAUAUGGGGGAGAAGGCGUUUUUAAUGGGAGUGAAGAAAGGCGAGGAAAGGAAAACCCUCCACAUAUUGAAAAGCUUAGUUGCUAAACUACGGUUGGGCAAACUUUGUUACGUCGGCAAUACUGAAGAAGUUGUUUGGUGGGAUACAAGCAAGCAUUCGUUAAAGGACAUUGGUGAUUUCAUUGACGAAUAUGAUGAGGAGGAAGAACUGGAUGGUGGUGACGAUGAUUAAAAAUUCCGUUGUUGUAAAAGAAAUUAUGGUUAUCUUAAAAAGAAAAAGUUAUGCAAAAUGAUUUUCUUUAGAGUUGUAUUAAUUUAUUUAAUUACGUUUAAUGAAAUUUCUUAAAAAAAUUUAAAAAAUUUAAUUUCA